AUGUUGAAGAUUUCUUUACUCUGGUACGUGGUGAUAUGCCUUUGUUUUAGUCAACUUGGUACAUGUACCACAGUGCUGGCACCAAGAAACCUUACCGUAUGCAACUCAUUGAUUUAUUGUACUGGUGAAAUUCUUCACGUAUUCCAGAUGGCAAAAGUUCUGCCUAACUCUAAGGCUUUCGUUGAUUUAAAACUCUUAAUGUCUGAAGAAGCAAUUCUAAAAAGUUUUGACACGUUUAUGGCAGAAACAGAUAAUGCCCCUAAUAGUGUUCAAUUAACGAAUUUUCUGGAACAACAUUUUGAAGAUAAAGAUGAACUUCGAUACUGGCGGCCCCCAGAUUUCGAUCCAAACCCGCCUGUUCUUGAAGGUAUUAAGAAUCGUAACCUUUUGGAAUUUGCAAAAGAUAUAAUUAACAUCUGGCCAAAGGUUGGUCGGAAUGUGGCAAUGGAUGUAGCUCGGAGACCUGAACACUAUAGUUUUAUAUACGUGCCAAAAGGAUUUGUUGUUCCAGGAGGAAAAACUGAGGAGUUAUAUUACUGGGAUUCAUACUGGAUUAUUCGUGGUCUUCUAAUCAGUAAUAUGGCGAUGACGGCAAGAGGGAUGAUCGAAAAUUUUUUGUACCUUGUAACACAAUUUGGAUAUAUUCCGCAAGGUACUCGAAUCUAUUACCUUGGACGAACUCAUCCACCGUUUCUGACUUGGAUGGUGUCUGAUUAUAUUGCUGUCACGGGCGAUAAGUUAUGGUUGAAACAAAAUAUCGCAACUGUUGAAGCAGAACUUCAAUUCUGGCUGGAUAAUAAGGCGUUUCCAAUUGAACUUAGGGGAUAUAAUUACACGUUACUGAGAUAUGUAUCGGAUAAAAAUAGCCAAGGCCCUCGCCCAGAAUUUUAUUAUGAUGAUUACGAGAACGCUCAAAAACUUCCCGACAGAUUACGUAAGACGUUUUAUGAUCAGAUGAAGAGUACAUCGGAAAGUGGGUGGGACUUUUCGUCUAGAUGGCUAAUGAAUGCUGGUACGAAAUCUGAAUUCAACGUUACUGAUGUAAACACUUACCAAAUCCUCCCAGUCGACUUAAAUUCAAUAUUUGCAGCGGCUCUACAAAAGAUGGGUAAUCUUCGAAAUAAACUGGGAUUUGCUAAACAAGCCCAAAAGUGGUGGAGUUUAGCUGAGAAAUGGAGAGAUGCGAUUGAAAAUGUGUUGUGGGACCAUGAAGAUGGAAUCUGGUACGAUUUCGAUACUCGAACAAUGGCGCGAAGAAAACAUUUCUACCUAAGUUGCGCAGCACCUCUUUGGGCAAGCGCCGUCGAACCUUGGCAAGCGCCGGAACGUGCCAGAUAUUUCGUAAGAUAUCUACACGCUAGCGGUGUAUUGAAGUUCCCUGGAGGUGUUCCCACAUCAUUGUGGCAUACUGAAGAGUUGUGGGACUAUCCCAACGUCUGGCCACCACUGCAGGCCAUAUUGAUCGGUGCAUUGGAGAAUAGCGACUGUAGCGAAGCUAAACGCUUAGCAAAACGUCAAAUAGAGAAUUGGGUUCGUGCGAACUACUUAGGGUACAAGAAAUGGGAUAAAAUGUUUGACAGGUAUCAUUGCACUAAUGUGGGUGAACACGGCGGAAGUGGCGAGUACAUCGUCCAGUAUGGUUAUGGGUGGACGAACGGGUUUAUGCUGGAACUACUUCAGAGAUACGGAAUGGAGUUGAAUUUUUCUUAA